AAAAAAAACAAGUACACACAAACACAAAGACAAACACACACUUCCUUUGUGUAUCAGAAGUACCCGAGUAAGAGAGAAAGAAAGUCUUAAACUGAAGUAGUGUAUUUAGAGCUGUAAAAUCAGACAUCUGAUGAAGAUGAAGUGGAGAAGUUUGUUCUGUCUGUUGACCUGUUUGCUGAUGCAGAAUUUGGUCUCUGGAGAUGGAGUAAAGGGAGUAUUUUCUGUGGACAAGAAAGCUGAUCAAUUUUUUUUUAUUUGCGAAUUGGGCAAUUGGCAACAUUUAAAUGAAUCAAAAAUUAGUUUAUCCUACAAAGAUAGAGAGUCUGGAGACUAUUAUUGUGGACCGGAGGCCAGUUAUAUAACAGUUACAGUUAAAUUCAGAACUUGUGAAACCUGCAUUGAACUGGACGCACCUUCCUUGUCUAUUGUCAUUGUCGGGAACAUUUUGGCCACCUUUUUUGUCGCCUAUGCAGUUUAUAGCAUUACCGGCCAGCCAAAAAACAAAAGCUUCUCCGGCAACAAAGCAUCAGAUAAAGUGACUUUACUCAAUGGAGAACAAGACACAUAUCAGCAACUGAAUCCUGGUCAAUCUGCUGAGUACAGUAGGUUGAAGGGAGGCAGAAGGGCCUGAUCAUCAUCAUCAUCAUCAUCAGCAGCAGCGUUGCAUUUAUAUGACACAUCUCCUAAAAAUACAUUGUACGUAUGCUUACUUUUCUAUCUAUGUUCAUAAGUUUGUAAGGCUAAAAAACCUGUGCUAUUUGCGUGUCCUGUUUAUUAAAUAUUAAAGUACGUCUAAAUGCAUGAACGUUACUUGUAUAUAGAUAUUAGGGAACAGCUUUGGAUAACAUUGUAAGCUUUUGUAACAAGUGGAAUGAAUUAUUUUAAUCAGGUGUAAAAGAUAAAAAAAAACUGUUUAAUCAGCUUCUGUAUGAAAGUUUUUGUGCUAUUUGUUCACUUCCGUGAAGAUGAAGCAAGGUUUUUCUUGCAAAACAAGCUGUCUUGAUUAGCUUGCUGCUUUAUGAUGUUAAUGCCGAAAGCUAAUUAGUUAGAUUUGAUAAAUUAUUUAUAAUCAUUUCUGCUGAUUAGCCUGAUUUAGCCAGUAAGCCAUCAAACCCUCUGGGUUAUGCUGUUAGCAUAGCACGGUUCUAGUGGACUUCCACAUGUAAAGAGGUUUAGCAUUGCUAGUGAAGUGGGGAGGUAAAGUACAUUCAAAGCAGACUAAAAGAAGAGGUACUUCUGUUAAGAACAUGCCGAAACAGUGUUUAUUUACCCCAUGGCUAGUUGGUUCUAUUUUCUCUGAAGAGAAAUACCAGCAUACAAUUUUUAUUGCCACAAAAAUGCUGUGCUAUACUUUUAAACUCAUGCUUAGAACUUUAUCCCCUCUCAUCAAUCUAGAUUUUAACAUGCAAUUGUUAACCUCAAUGCUAUUGUUAGUGAAUGAUGCUAACGCUACAAGGCUGCAUACAAGAAUUAUUUGACUUUUUAAUAUUUAGUAAGCUAGUGUAAUUAUAUAAAUAGAGUAGAUAUGUUAACUUGAAUAUCAUUUGUAUUUACUUGUUUUUCUGUAUUUUGUAUUCUUUCUCUGAUUUGCUCUUAUACAAACUCUUCUUGAAAAGAAAAUGUAUUUUAACAACGCAACCUGAGAUUUUAUGGCUUCAAAUA